CACCCGUGGGACGUCUAUUCCGUUAACUCAGGUCACACCGAAGUCAUCACUUGCUUGGAGUGGGAUCAGUCAGGCUCCAGGCUGCUCUCGGCGGACGCGGACGGGCACAUCAAGUGCUGGAGCAUGACGGAUCACUUGGCCAACAGCUGGGAGAACACGGUGGGCAGCAUGGUGGAGGGGGACCCCAUCGUGGCCCUGUCCUGGCUGCACAACGGCGAGAAGCUGGCUCUGCACGUGGAGAAGUCUGGAGCGCCAAACUUCGGCGAGAAGUUUUCCAGGGUCAAGUUCUCUCCGUCGCUGACGCUGUUUGGUGGGAAGCCCAUGGAGGGCUGGAUCGCCGUCACCAUCAGCGGGCUGGUGACCGUCUCUCUCCUCAAGCCCAACGGGCAAGUGCUCACCUCCACGGAGAGCCUGUGCCGCCUCCGCUGCCGCGUGGCCUUGGCAGAUGUGGCCUUCACCGGCGGGGGGAACAUCGUGGUGGCCACGUCGGAUGGCAGCAGCACCUCCCCUGUCCAGUUCUACAAAGUGUGCGUUAGCGUGGUCAACGAGAAAUGCAAAAUAGACACGGAAAUCCUGCCCUCCCUCUUCAUGCGCUGCACCACGGACCCUGCCCGCAAGGACAAGUACCCGGCAAUCACUCACCUCAAGUUCCUCGCUCGGGAUAUGUCGGAGCAGGUGUUGCUCUGUGCUUCCAACCAGAACAGCAGCAUUGUGGAGUGCUGGUCUCUGCGCAAAGAGGGUUUGCCCGUCAAUAACAUCUUUCAGCAAAUCUCGCCCGUGGUUGGGGACAAGCAGCCGAUGAUACUGAAGUGGCGGAUUCUUUCUGCCACCAACGACUUGGAUCGGGUGUCGGCCGUGGCGCUGCCCAAGUUGCCGAUCUCCCUGACCAAUACGGAUCUGAAGGUGGCCAACGACACCAAGUUCUUCCCUGGGUUGGGUCUGGCUUUGGCUUUUCACGACGGCAGCGUCCACAUCGUCCAUCGCCUGUCCUUGCAGAUGAUGGCCGUCUUCUACGGCUCUUCCUCCCAGCGCCCGGUGGAUGAGCAGACCAUCAAAAGGCAGCGGACGGCCGGGCCCCUGGUUCACUUCAAAGCCAUGCAGCUCUCCUGGACCUCUCUGGCCUUGGCUGGCGUCGACAGUCACGGGAAGCUGAGCAUGCUUCGCAUCUCCCCCUCCAUGGGCCACGUGCUGGACAUGAACAUGUCCCUCCGUCACUUGCUGUUCCUCCUGGAGUACUGCAUGGUCACUGGCUACGACUGGUGGGACAUCCUGCUCCACGUCCAGCCCAACAUGGUCCAGAACCUGGUGGAGAAGCUGCACGAGGAGUACAUGCGCCAGAACGCGGCCCUGCAGCAGGUCCUCUCCACACGCAUCGUCGCCAUGAAGGCGUCUCUCUGCAAGCUCUCCUCCAGCACGAUCGCCCGCGUGUGUGACUACCACGCAAAGCUGUUCCUCAUCGCCAUCAGCUGCACCUUGAAGUCGCUGCUGCGCCCGCACUUCCUCAACACCCCGGACAAGAGUCCCGGCGACCGGCUCACCGAGAUCUGCUCCAAGAUCACAGACAUAGACAUUGACAAGGUGAUGAUUAACCUGAAGACAGAGGAGUUUGUCCUGGAGAUGACCACGUUGCAGUCCCUGCAGCAGCUCAUCCAGUGGGUGGGAGAUUUUGUGCUCUACCUGCUGGCCAGCCUCCCGAACCAGGGCUCCUCGGUGCGGCCGGGACACAGCUUCCUGCGUGACGGAGCGUCGCUGGGCAUGUUCCGGGAGCUGAUGGUGGUGAUCCGCAUCUGGGGGCUACUGAAGCCCAGCUGCCUCCCCGUGUACACGGCAACCUCCGACACCCAGGACAGCAUGUCCCUCCUCUUCAGGCUCCUCACCAAACUCUGGCUGUGCUGUCGUGAGGAAAAUCACAUAACAGAGCCCGACGAUACCCUGAUAGACGAGUGUUGCCUCCUGCCCAGCCAGCUGCUCAUCCCCCACAUCGACUGGCUGCCCAUCAACGACGGCAUCAUCAGCAAGCUGCAGAACAAGCAGCUGGUCCGGCUGCAGUUUGGGAAGGCUCCCGGGCUCGUCGGUCACACCGUGUCCUCCCAGUUCGAUGCCUUUGUCAGGGCACCUGGACAGCCCAAAAUUGAUCACCUGAGGCGGCUUCACUUGGGAGCGUACCCCACGGAGGAGUGCAAGUCGUGCACCAGGUGCGGCUGCGUCACGAUGCUGAAAUCGCCCAACAAGGUGACGGCGGUGAAGCAGUGGGAGCAACGCUGGAUCAAGAACUGCCUGUGCGGGGGGCUCUGGAGGAGGAUGCCCCUCAGCUACUCCUGA